AUGAAUGCGAACAUAUUGAGCGUGUAUCUCGCGACUGAGAAGGACGCCAUUCGAACGACGUUCUACGACGGCCAGUCUAUCCUCGACGCUCUCAAGGGAAUCCAGGCGGUUGCCGACGAGUUCGAGGACCUGCACAACGCGCAGAUAGAGGUGUGGGGUCAUCGCGGGGGUGGGUGGAUUGCCUGCACAGCAGAAACGGCGGGCGUCGCGAGACCCAAUUUCUGGGUCCAUGUGGUGCGUUUCCCUGGCGCAGAACUCGUGCCCUUCAUUGGGUACGAGCUGGCGUGGGUGUACGAGGUGGCCGGGUUGAAGGAGAUGCCCCACGACGUCGUCGAGCAGGACUGUCGGGGCGAUGUGAAGGAGGGCAAGGCUAUACGUGUCGUUCUGUGGCUCAAGGGAUCCGAGGGACCUCUCAUAUUCCUCGUUCCCGCCGCAAGCAACGACACGGUUUGCCUAGGUCAAUGCGGCGCCUUCCGCGCGGCGAUCUGCGAAGGCGGCGCCCCCGACAGUGUGUCCAUCAUCGGUGCUCUCAGCGCGGACGUUGAGAUGGACGUCUGGGUCCAUCCGUUUGGACGGUGGUUCUCGCGCUCGCUGUGGACGACCCUCCCAGUGCGUCGCAACGGGCAGACCAUCCUCGUCAAGACGUCCUCAACCUGCCUCGUCGUGGGGUUGGGCACGGAACUAGAGGCGCAGGACUCGUCUCGCGCGUACUACGAGGAUCUCGACGACGAGGCCCCUGGAGCUCUAGUCGCGGAUUGGAACGCAUAUGCGCAGGACGACGGCGAUAACGCGGACCAUGUGCCCGUCGAAUGGGGGCCCCCGCCUGCCCAGGUUCCCGUCAACAACGCCGGUCUCGGGCCGCUGGAAUGGGGUGCGCCUCAAGUUGGGGAUUGGCAGGACGUCGUAGACAGCGAGGAGGUUAUCAGCCUCUCCUCCGGUGAUGAGUCCGACGCGACCGUCGUGAUCGCCGAAGGAGAUUGGCGCAUCCCGGCUGGAGGGGGAGGUGUUGUGCGCAAGCGGAAGCGCUCCGCUAGCAUGAAGCAACGCAUCGCCAAGAGACGCGAGCAGUUGCUGAGCAUGCGGGAGGGCCUUCGCGUGUUUCUCGUGCAACAGGGCAGCAAGGAGGUGAUCGACUUGACCCACGGCGAAACGGCUGACGACGCGAUCGACAUCGACAGGGCCUGA